AUGGAAAACCUGGAAUCAACGCUCAAGAAUGCCCAUUUUCAUUGUGAGAAGGGAACCGAUUCCAUCCCUCUAUGCCAGAAGUGUGAGACGUGUGUCUUAGCGUGGAAGAUCUUCUCUACCAAAGAGUGGUUCUGCAGGAUCAAUGACAUAUCACAGAGGAGGUUUCUAGUUAGCAUUCUGAAGCAGUUAAAUAGCUUGUAUUUGUUACACUAUUUCCAAAAUAUCCUUCAGACCACACAGGGAAAGGAUUUCAUCUAUAACAGGUCCCGGAUCGACCUCAGCAAGAAAGAGGGGAAAGUUGCGAAGUCCUUGAACCAAAUGUUGGAUAAAACAGUAGAACAGAAGAUGAAGGAGAUCUUGUACUGGUUUGGGAACAGCACCCACUGGACCAAGGCGAAUUAUACUCUCUUACUGCUGCAGAUGUGCAACCCCAAAUUACUGCUCACUGCUGCCAAUGUGAUCAGAGUCCUGUUUCUGAGAGAGCAGAACAGUAUCUCAGGGCUCAAUCAAGACAUCACAGAUGUGUGUUUUUCCCCCGAGAAAGACGACAGCUCCAAGUCUGCGACCUCACAAGUCUAUUGGACAGCCAAAACUCAGCACACAUCCCUUCCUUUGUCCAAAGGCCCAGAAAAUGAACACUUACUUGGGGCAGCAUCUAACCCUGAGGAACCAUGGAGGAAUUCACUCCAGUGUAUUUCCGAAAUGAAUAGGCUGUUUUCUGAAAAAGGAGGCAUAACCAAGCUAGGGUACGAUCCCUGCAGUCUAUUGGUUAACUUGGAUGACAUCAGAGACCUGUCUUCUGGGUUCAGCAAAUACCGAGACUUCAUCCGUUACCUGCCCAUCCACCUCUCCAAGUACAUUCUAAGAAUGCUGGAUAGACACACCCUGAACAAGUGUGCCUCUGUGAGCCAGCACUGGGCCGCCAUGGCUCAACAGGUCAAGACGGACUUGUCAGCGCACGCCUUCAUUCAGAACCAGAUUAUCUUCAUGCAGGGGUCCUACACAAGAGGAAUUGAUCCUAAUUAUGCCAAUAAGGUUUCUAUCCCAGUUCCUAAAAUGGUAGAUGACGGGAAGCGCAUGCGUGUGAAACAUCCGAAGUGGAAGCUGAGGACGAAGAAUGAGUACAACCUGUGGACUGCAUACCAGAACCAGGAAACGCAGCAGGUCCUAAUGGAGGAGAGAAAUGUUUUCUGUGGAACCUACAAUGUUCGCAUUCUCUCUGACACGUGGGAUCAAAAAAGAGUCAUCCACUAUUCCGGGGGAGAUCUGAUAGCUGUGUCAUCUAAUCGAAAGAUCCACCUUCUGGACAUCAUACAAGUAAAAGUGAUACCCGUUGAAUUCCGAGGCCAUGCUGGGAGUGUCCGGGCCCUCUUCCUGUGUGAGGAGGAAAAUUUUCUCCUAAGUGGAAGUUAUGACCUAAGUAUCAGAUACUGGGAUCUGAAAAGUGGGGCUUGCACACGAAUCUUCAGUGGUCACCAGGGGACUAUCACUUGCAUGGAUUUGUGUAAGGACAGGCUCGUGUCGGGAGGAAGAGAUUGCCAGGUAAAAGUAUGGGAUAUAGACACAGGGAAGUGCCUGAAGACGUUUAGACACAAAGACCCCAUCUUGGCCACCAGGAUCAAUGAUACCUACAUUGUGAGCAGCUGUGAGCGAGGGGUGGUGAAAGUGUGGCACAUUGUCAUGGCCCAGUUGGUAAAGACUCUCAAUGGCCAUGAGGGAGCCGUUAAGUGCCUGUUCUUCGACCAGUGGCAUCUCCUCUCGGGAAGCACUGAUGGCCUGGUCAUGGCCUGGAGCAUGGUGGGGAAGUAUGAGCGCUGCCUGAUGGCCUUCAGGCAUCCCAAGGAGGUGCUCCACGUGUCCCUUGUCUUCCUCCGGGUCAUCAGCGCCUGCGCAGAUGGCAAGAUCAGAAUUUACAAUUUCCUCAACGGGAACUGUAUGAAGGUGAUAAAAGCCAAUGGCAGAGGCGAUCCUGUGCUGUCCUUCUUUAUUCAGGGCAACAGGAUGGUGGUCAACACAGAAAGCAAUGUUCUCAUGUUCCAGUUUGAACACAUAAAGUGGCAGUAUGCCAUGGAAAAAAUGAAACAAAAGAAGAAUAAGGAGAAAGAGGAGGAAAAAGAAGAAAAUAGCCUCAUGGAAAUUCUCUCUAAGUCUAAUAUGCAGGUUCACAGCCCGAGAGAAUCUGUAUCCAGUAAACAAACUGUGAUCCAAGAGCUCCUACCGAGCAAACCUCCCAAGUCCCGAGUACUCCUGAAGCCGGCCAAGUUCUCUUCAGCAGUGUUAAUAGAGGAACUUCAAAGUCAAGGAAAGUCAAAAUCACCCCGAAGAGAUGCAGAUGAUGUCGAGAAAGCACAAAAACAAGGACAAUUGGAAACUCCUGAAAAACUGCUCAAUCACCCAAAGAAAAAGUCUUGGAAAAUUCCUAUGUCACCUGACCAAUUCCUCCUGACUGUCAGCGCCCUGCAGCAAGCCCAUAAUUCCGGGAAAUUCGCCUAUCCCUGUAGGCCCCGAACAGAAAUUAUUGAUGUCUGGGGACCUUCAAUUUCAUACCCAAGGAAGGUCUUGAAUUUCAAAGGAAAAUCAAUCCAACAUGCAGUUGAUCGGUUGAGAUUGAGCAAUCCUCCUACAGAUGUGAAACAAAUCAGUAUUCCCCUUGAAAUCCAGAAACUGCAGCCCAACUUGAAGAUCUCUUUGCACAGUCCCAGAGUCCAGUCCACCUUGCCGCAGCCCAUGAUUAUCCGCUCCAGGUUCUCUGGCAGCUUAAAGGGUGGAGACCAAGUGACCAGUUCAAUUGAAAGGGCAGUGUGCAGUCCCCUGACCAGUAUGCAGGUCAUUAAACCAAACCGCAUGCUAGCUCCACAAGUGGGCACAGCCACCCUAUCUCUUAACAAAGAACGGCCUCGCAUCUACACAGCCCUUGAUCCCCUUAGAGUGAACACUGAGUUCGUGCUGUUGACCGUGAAGGAGGAGAAAGAGCACCAGGAAGCCAAGAUGGAGGAAUAUCAGGCCAGGGAGUCCACUGGAGUGGUUGAUCCAGGAAAAGCCAGCAAAGCUGCAUGGAUCAGGAAAAUCAAAGGCCUGCCUAUUGAUAAUUUCAUGAAGCAAGGGAAAACAGCAGCCCCUGAACUUGGACAAAAUGUAUUUAUCUGAACCAGCCUUGGGAAAUUACAAUGUUUUACAAUAAACAGCCCAGUGGA